AUGUCUCAAAGCGGACCAGCCCCCGAUGGUGCUACAAAGUACAAUUCCAUUCCUUUAGAUGAUUCCGUCUCGACCCCCGUUACCGCAUCGUACACCUCUCUCCCGAAUGUCCCAGCCCCAACCCAGUAUCGUUUCCUCGGCCAAGAUUCAAAUUCUGGUCGAAAUUCCAUCGCCUCAUCUGGCUAUCAAACCAACUACGACAACUCAUCGGCUCAGUUCUUAUACCACGACAGUCACCCGAAUCAUGAAGAUUCGCUCGGUUAUGGCGAAUUCAAUGAGAAGGGGAACGUCGCCACUCCAGGUGCUGCAAGGAAGAAACGCAACCUGAUAAUCGGCAUAGUCGUAGUUGCCAUCGUCAUUAUUGCCGUCGCUGUUGCGGUCCCUCUCGCCAUCCUCAAUAAAAACAAAGAUAGCUCGAGUGGGUCCUCUCAAUCUGGCGGGAACGACGCACACGGAGGUGGUGGAGGCGAACCGAGUAAACCUGGCGGUGCUUUAGCAGCUGUCACUGGAGGCGAUGGUAGCGACGUGACCCUGGAGGAUGGAACCAAGUUCAAAUAUUCGAAUCCUCAUGGAGGGUCCUGGUACUACGAUGUCAAUGAUCCGUUCAACAACAACGCCCGCCCGCAGUCGUGGUCUCCUGCUCUCAACGAGACCUUCAGAUAUGGAAUCGACAAAAUACGAGGGGUCAAUCUUGGAGGAUGGCUUGUCCUCGAACCAUUCAUGCACGUUACUCCUUUCAUGUUUCAUAAGUAUCAACCGGACGCGGUUGAUGAGUAUACGUUACACCCAGCCAUGGGUGCAGACCAGCUUGAAGAUCACUACAAGACGUUCAUUACCGAGAAAGAUUUCGCAGAGAUCGCUGGUGCUGGUCUAAAUUAUGUUCGCCUUCCGCUUCCCUACUGGGCAGUUGAGACGCAUACCAGCGAGCCGUAUAUCCCAAAGGUGGCAUGGAAGUACUUCCUUAAAGCCGUCCAGUGGGCUCGCAAAUACGGUAUCCGAAUCAACCUUGAUCUUCAUACCGUUCCCGGGAGUCAAAACAUUUGGAAUCACUCUGGCCGCAGGGGAAACGUCAACUUCCUCCGUGGAACUAUGGGAUACGCAAACGCACAAAGGACACUGGACAUCAUUCGAGUUAUUGCGGAGUUCAUCUCACAACCUGAGUAUCGCGACGUUGUAACCAUGUUCUCACCUAUCAAUGAGCCGACAAUUGACAAGCCUUCUAUCAGUUCUUUCUAUGCUCAAGCGUACAAGGUCAUUCGCGAAGCCAGUGGUCCAGGCGAAGGUCCUUGGAUCUCCUUCCACGACGCUAUGUUAGGAAAACCUGAAUGGGUUGGUUUCCUCCCUGGCGCUGACCGCAUGGCCCUUGAUUCUCACCCAUACGCCGCUUUCGAUGACACUCAAACUGAUGUUCCAUGGGACACUCGAACCGGUACACCAUGUCAGUGGGGACGAGAAUUCAACCAGUCGAUGGCUGACUUUGGAUUAUCUCUCGCUGGAGAGUGGAGCAACGCCAUCAAUGACUGCGGUUUAUGGUUGAAUGGGAUUCCUGAAGGGACACGAUAUGACGGAACAUAUGCGGGGGGGCAAGUGACGGCUGUAGGCUCAUGCGACAAAUGGACAGAUUGGCAGAACUUUUCGGAUGAUACAAAGUCUCAGCUCAAGAAGUUUGCCAUGGCAAGUAUGGAUGGGCUUCAGAAUUGGUUUUUCUGGACGUGGAAGAUUGGUGCCUCCUCCAAAUCCGGAAAAGUCGAAACACCAGCAUGGUCGUACCAACUCGGUCUGGAAAAUGGUUGGAUUCCCAAAGAUCCUCGCGAAGCAGCAGGAGCAUGCGGAAACCCAGCACCAUUUACAGGUUCCAUCUCCUCCGGCUCUGGAGAGGUCGACGUGACGAAAUAUCCUUGGCCACCAGCCGCGAUCGAUGGGGCUGGUGCAGCGGUCACAGACCUUCCACGAUAUACACCUACUGGAGCAAUACCCACUCUCUCAGGGGCCACCUUCCCUCCCUCUGGUGCUAAACCCACGAAGACUGCUAGUGUUGGUAACGGAUGGGCAAACCCAGACGAUAAAGCCGGGUAUAUGACCGAGAUCGGGGGAUGCACGUAUCCGGAUGCUUGGGCUAACGGAGCGACUGUACCAACUCCCUGGUGUACUGCAGCGGGGAAAAGAGAUCAAGUUGACCUUAUUCCGGGUCCUACUCUUGCACCUUGA